AUGUGCGGCAAAUGGUUGAAGCAGACGGGAGAUCGAGCUGAAGCCACGACCUCUGACACAAAGUUGGGCAGCGCUGGAGGCGACGAGGGCGACGAGGGGGCUCUCCAUCUGGCCACGUCUUCGGCACAGGGGACGGACGCGACGUCGACGACCUCUGCACGUCUCUCGCCACUGCCUGCUCCCUCCGCCGCACUACGCGCACACUAUGCGGCGUUCCGACGUCGUCACUCUGCCUUCGCCAACGGACGAGCCUGGAUCGGAUCUCGAAUUCCUGGGAAUUGA